UGCCGUGUGGGCCCCCGUUGUUCGACUGCUGGUGUACGUGUAUGAAUGAAACACCUACAACAACGGUAGUAGUUGUGGAAACGUGAUUGAUCGUAGAAUUGCUGAUGUAGUUGAGCAGAGCUAAAUGAUCAAUGAAGAAACAAGUGGUUCGUUUGAGUUGUUUUCACCUGGACUAUGGAUUUAUCGAAAUUAAAAGUGUAGUUUAAUGUUAUCGCAAGUGCUAUUGAAUUGAAUGAUUUCCUAGCUAACAUCAAUAUUUAAACUCGUUGGGUUCUAAAAAGUGAAACGGAUCUCGGUGAAGAUUUCGUAUACGCCCUGUUCCAAAUCAUUCGCCGUAGGAACGAUCCAGAGAUACAACAUUCAGCAGCGAUGCAUCGUGUUUUGGUUGCAACCAUUCUAUUCGUCACAGUCUUAAAAACUGCCGUCGCCAUCGAGUGCUACGUAUGCAAUGGAACCGAUUCGGCCAGCCCAUUCCAGUGCAGCGAGUGGUUCGAACGUUUCGACAAGCCAGACUUAAAGCCACAGGACUGCUCCAAUGUGUACGGGGCCAAGUAUUGUAUCAAGCACAUCGGUCGCUUCGAAGCGCUUGGAAUCCUCUGUUAUCAAUGCUCGUCGGCACAUUCGAUGUACUGUUCCGACAUGCUGGUGGCGGACGAGGCGUCUCCGUUCAAGCCGGAAUCGUGCGAUCAUGUGUUCGAAGCGGAGUACUGCGUCAAAUCGACGGCGAUGCAUGGUGGCAUCGGAGCUAAGCGGUACUGUUCCUCACGUGACCUGGGCAACUAUUGCAACUACGUGCGCAAUCCUGGCGAUCAGAUGGAGUAUCGGUCCUGUAUUUUCACAUGCGACACUGAUGGCUGCAACAGCGGGAAUCGCUUAUACUCGAUGAAACAUUCUGCAACAUUAGGUCUGAUGGUACUACUAGUGUCGUUGAUCUACUACGUACGACAGUAGAGAUGAUUGUGCCAUGUACAACAUUCUAGGUUAAGUUUACGUUCUAUCCUUUGUAGGUGAUACAUGAACAGGUACAUUCCGUCCUCAGAAUAUAAUAGUUUAGAAUCUUUCGUUUCCUUGGAAUCUGUUCCAUGCUGGUGACUACUUUUUGUAAUAGAAUAUUGUGACUCAAAACAAUGUUUAUGUAACGUAUUGGAAAAGACAAUAAAUUUGAUA